GUGUUGGCUCGGCCCGCCGGCAAUGCGGAAGCCCCCGCGUUCCGCCGGUCGGGGCUCCGUGGACCGCGGGCGGCAGGUGCUCCGGGCAACGGCCCUUUGGCGGCACCUGGAGUGCCAAACAGCUGGAGCCGACCACGCGUGGUCCACUCAAUGGCCACCCCUCGCCCCCUUCAUUGAGGCGCGGAGAGGAGGUGACGUCCGCCGCAAGGAGGUUAAGACGCAAGGAGAAAGUGGGAGGGCCUCGUAAGUCAGGUAAUCACUGACGUCACGGGACCUUGGAAGCACAUGCAGUUUCCCGCCGGCGCGAAGGGGCGAAGACGCUUACCUACAGACGCGUCGCGGCCAACUUGCGGUGCGGACGUGCUCCGAGUGUUGCCGUCCGGCCGAUGCGCGCACACCUUGGCCGCUCUUCGCGCUGCUGCUGGAUACACUGCUCUCACAUGUUGGACUCGCGUGCUGCGCCUUGUGGGCCGCCUGCAAGCAAAGACGCUGGGCGCGCGCUAGACCGGAUUAGUCUGUGCGCCGUAGUCGCUCGGACCGGGUCGCCGCUGCUGUACGGAUGACUCUGGGAAUGAUGAACCAGCUGUGCAAGGUGUGCGGAGAGCCCGCCGCUGGAUACCACUUCGGCGCCUUCACCUGCGAAGGGUGCAAGUCCUUCUUCGGCCGGACGUACAACAACCUUGCAGCUCUUGGUGACUGCAAAAACAGUGGCCAGUGCGUUAUCAACAAGAAGAACAGGACCUCUUGCAAGAGCUGUAGACUCAAGAAAUGUCUCAUGGUCGGCAUGUCCAAAAGCGGGUCCCGAUACGGGCGCCGCUCCAACUGGUUCAAGAUCCACUGUCUGAUCCAAGACCAGGCGGAGAUGACCUCCCGCAUCGCCGAACAGCACCACCAGAUGGGCGCGGCCGCGUCGGCGCACCAGCUGACGGCUCUUUACGACAAGGACGUGUUGGGCUUCGGUGCCAAGACCGAAGAAGGCAACGGCACCAGCUCGCCGCUCUCGUCGUCGGACAAGCCGCCGUCGUCACCAGCAUCGUAUCCCCCGCCGUCGUCGUCUGCCAGCACGUUCGCGUCCACGCCGUCGGCUUUUGAAACCAAGUCGUCGAACGGCGAGAGCCCGACUAACGCGGAUGCGCUGGCCUACCACCCCAUGUCGCCCGUGUCGCCAAUCUCUCCGCUGCACCCGAGCAAGUUCUUCUUCCACCCUGGCGCCGGCGUGUUCUUCGGCAAGGCGCCCGUGUCGCACAACGGGCUGUCCAAGUUUCUCGCCGACGGUGGUGGCGCCGUGGCGUAUCCGUACUCGCCGCGCUUCAUGCCGUUUGGGCACCUGAAGCCCUACCGGGACCUCCUUCACCCGUCGACGUUGCUCGUAAACGGCGAGUGCCUGGCCGACCUGCCCGAGCAGGAGAAGCCGAUCGACCUCUCGGUACGCAAGCCCUGCUCCCCGAGCGCCUCGCCUGCCGACGGUCACGCCGAGGAGCUUGACACCCAGGACAGUGACGUCAAGCCCGCGCUGCAGGCGCCUUGCUCCUCUGGCGCCGAGAUCCCACUCGACUUGCGGAGCGCCAAGAAGUGAUGCCCCCCAGCCCCUUUCGCCAGCCGUCCACGUGUUCAUAGGGACUCGCCGCCGGAACAAAGGUCGCAGUGUGUGUGCGUGUUUGUGUGUGUGUGUCAGAGCUGUAAUACUGUGUAAUAUAUGCCCCCCACAGAACGACGCUUAUGGACCACAGAGAGAGAACUAUGUCGACGACAGGGAAACUUGUGUGAGCCUGCUCUUUGUAAUAGUCCUUCGUCUUCGAAGGGACCGCUGUGGCCCCGUCAACGUCUGUCUUUUACUGUGUUUUUUUCCCUCUCCCAAUUCACUAAGGGCAUUGCAGAAGACUUGGUAGCCAAGCGUCUCGUUGCGAUCUGUCGGUCUUCUAACUCGUUCCUCCUCGUCUUCGCGUAUCCUGUUUCCAAUGUUCCUAUUAUCUUUGCCCUUCUCAGACGUGGACCACCGACCAUUCCACAUCGCCACCAAAACUCGUGCCUUUUCGUGAGACAUUCCGUCGCUCUUUUCUCCUGCGUCCCCUACUCGAUGUAUAGCGCCACAGGAGUGUCCUUUGGCAGGACGCCAUUGGCUGGGCGACUCGUCCGGUCCGAGCCGCCACCAGUAUUACGUCCUCGUGCCACCAGUGCCUGCUCCGUACAGCUACACCGCUUGUCCGCGAGUCCCGCCCGGCGACGCUGCAAACGGGCCUACAAACUGCCAGGGUCGUCGCUGGCGCCAAAGGCGGUGGUCGCGGUCACCGACGCACUCCCUGUACAUUUUGUCCCCCACACGCAGCCUCCCUUCCCAAAUUGCUGUCUGUGUGCCAGGAAGACAAUCGCUGCUCACUGGUGGCCUGCAUCAUUGUACAAAAUUCACAAACUGCAUCCAUUCCAAGAGAGGCCUUCAUACGCAUGUUUCGAAAUGUCGUUGUUUUUAAGCGUUUAAUGUUUCUUCUAUUCCCACUGUGAUAAAACCUUCGAACCAGGCGGUUCACUACGAGCCUUGAUAUACAUAUAUAUAUAGAUAUUAGUAUGUAUAUAUAUAUAUAUGUGUGUCGGCGUGUGUGUGUUUUAUGUGUGUGUGUGUGUGUUUGUAAUUUCGCGUGUACACGCGCAUCGGGGCUGUGGGCAUUCUAGUACAAACCAUUCCAAGUGGCUUUUACUUCUGGCACUUUCCCCCGUCUUCUCCGCACUGGGCCAGUACCUGAUCAGGCUGCCGCUGUCCUUCUCUGGCCUUUCCGCCCCUGGCGGCGCGCUCUGCCGAACAGUGUGGCCGCGCAUGCGCGGAUCGUGUUGCUGCUUUUCCCUCGCAUUUCCCCCUCUCAUAUGUCGCAGCUAAUUACGGCAAGUGCGUGCCCCCGAAAACGACGCACACGGCCAUCCUUUCGCGUCGCUUAUCAUGCGGUCCGAGCGUCUAACCAUCAAUGAUUGAGUUUAGGCUGUGAGCAGCCACGCUCCCCAUUGAGGCAGUGCUUCAGAGAGAUAAGAACGAGACGAAGGCGGCCCUCUGGGUCGUGAUUAAGACCAACAUUCUAUGCUCGCGGGCCGCUGCUGGAAAAUCUGCCCGGCGUUGGCCACCGAACGGACUUGGGAGUUUUUGAGUCCGACGUAAGAUUUCCCAAGUUUGAAAUCGGUGCCGACUGGCGUUGGAGCUGCACUAAGAGAUCUCUUAAACCACAGAAUUACUUCGUUCGUAUUCGAGCGAGAACAGACUGUGUACGAGAAAAGGCAGGUGGCGACGUAUUUGCUGUGCUUUUGUAAAGACACUAAUAAGACACUAAAGCGGUUCGCACUGGAGAGUAGUCUAUUAACGGCCAAUUUGCAUUUAUUUGAAGUGAAACGUAAACUCUCCAAUUAAAAAUAUUUUUUUCGUCCAUACCGCAUUGCUGAUGACGUCAGUUCGACGGCGUGGAUUUCACGGUACAUUCGUAAAUUCGGAACGUUUCUGUGCUGAGCAAUGUCCCAGAAGAUCGCGAAGUCCCCCAGAUCGUGUAGCCUUCUUUGACUUUCCCCGAAAAGGUUAACUGCACCGAAAUUUCACCAUAUUGGCUAAAUUGGUUAUAAAUGAGUAGUACAUACCAUUAAGCAACCUUGGUAAAGCUGCAAGGCUGAUAACUGUCUAAUCUUAUUCUGAACACCCGUUAAAUGGCACCUAAGAAGAUGACGCAUGCACCUAGUGGUUACUGUAUUCGUUCCCGCAGGGAGCAGAGUUGCGCGAAGCUCCGCCAUCUUGCGCGCAAAACAAACCAAGGCUUUUAGGGAAAGCUACACUUAUGUUCGCAAGAGCCAAAAGCUCGUCACGACAUCACCCAUCGAGCGUGGUCGACCUGCGCUACGCCCGUGGCCUACCCACCAUAUCUGGACCACCCAGAGGACCACUUUAUUACAAACUUACUCAUGUGAACUAUGGUAGUUCGAUUUCUUCUGAACGAAUCGAUCUAUCCCGACGCAUAGGCUGAAAUGUCGCUUAGCGCCGGAUCCUUCGUUGCGAGCAGCGUGGCGGUGCCAUCUGCCGAAACAUGCCAACCAGUCAUCCUGAAUGAAAAAGACGACCGCCAGCGCAGCCUCGAUGCGAGCCCACCAUUGCUGGACCACACCAAUGGCUCCCUGCAAUUCAUUAUUAUACCAGAACACCAGACUGCCUGACUAAAGCACGGAGGAAAGCUCUACUGCGGGAGUUCAUACCCAGCAUCAUCCCUCCUAUUCCCGCUGGCCUUCACUGAGCAGCUCAGAUUCUUGUGGGCAAGGCAAGAGCUAGGGCAUCCAUUACACCGGAUAUUCUGAUCAGGUGGAAAGUAACAUAAGUGGGAUGCCCUAACUCACCUGCGAUCACCAUUUUCGAUCUGAAGCAUCUGAUUUGGUCUUCUCCUGCCGCAGCCAGCCUCAGGGACAAGCACACCUGACCCGUAAGGGUGGCGUCAUACGACGACUGGGUCGCACCGCAAGAAGACGCCGCCAGGAACUUUAACGCUUUGCCUGUCUUCGCUAAGGAGGAAGGCAUCCUUCCUUCCACCUGAUCGCCUACCCCCAUCUUAGGCCACAGGCAAUCCAUUCUAAUACAAUUUUGAUCAAAACAAGACAGAAGUUCAAAGGAAGAAGGGAACUUAAAGUGAUUAGCAGUAGUCGAACAAGGAAUUUCGCUUAAGCCAACAUUUCGACAAGGGGACUUGUCAUCGCCAGGACAGCAAAUGCUUACUACAUCAUCAACUAGCCCAGCAAUUCACGCUUCUAAGUUACUACAUCAUCAGUCAAUUCAUUAUACGAAGAACAGCUGUUUAUCAUGCGAUUUUCGCACUGAAAAAAAAAAAUACAAGACAUACUAAUUUCGGAAGCAUCGUCUGGACGUUGGCCAUCAAAGAAGAUGCCAAACGGUGGUGGCUUGGUGGCGCUGCCAUAGCGAAAUUUAUCUGAGCCUCAGUGGCGGCUUCUCCGCGUGUCAUGGUUGCUUUUGGAACCACUUGACUACGUUUGACGAAUGGUGGCGAGAGCGGCGAAAGGAAAACAGAUGCGCAACUCUGGCUGCCUAAAGGGAGUCAAAUACAGUAACUCUAGCUAGCGGAUUUACGACGCAAAUUUCAUACAAUGGCCUCGAGAUUUUCAGCACGCCGCGGGCGUCGCCCAAUCUUGCAGGUCAUGUCGAGUAGCCGCGUUGGUUCUCCGUUCUAGAUUCUGCGUCAUUUCCUGCGAGCGGUAACGGCGGCACUUCCAGUUUCGGUAUCACAAACGUCUCGCAAGCUUUGCUGGAUGGCUGCCCCAUAUCUGAACUGCCUGAAAUUAGGCUUUUUAUACGGUCCAAACUUCGUUGCAGCUGUGCCUUUAAAACAAUCGCCCGUCUUUGUCGAGAAUAAUUAAAAGCGCUACAACGAGCACAUCACACGGCUGCUUUGACGACAGCAAUCGUUGUCGCUUUGAAUUUCUUGGCGGCCCUGACAUAUCUCACGCUCGUUGUCCUUCACGACGCCAGUCCUAGGCCCACCGAUUCCCACCGACAGGGGGAAGUGUUCUGUAAGCAGCACUAACUAAAAUUAAAAGGCAUUAUUAUGGCUAGCACCGAAAGAGUGCGGACAUCCAGUGCCUUACGUAUUCCUAGAGCAUUAACAUUUAUCAUGAGUAGUAUGAAGAGUUGUUUUGUAAUGUUGAACGUGAUGUAUCAGCUGCAAGGAAUGAGAGAGAGAGAAAAAACAAUGCUAAGAUACGGGAAGCGUUUGGAUAUUGGUUGAACAACCGAUAUAGAUUGCCAUUUAAUUUCCCGAGCUUUGUGAUGCGCCUAAGGUUGGGCCUGAUGUUUGUCCAACUAGAUCGGUUGCAUUUGUUCAAGAUGAACGAAACUUGCUGCUUCCGUCCAAAACGCUUUCCGCGCCACGGUGGCGUUUUCUUGAUAUUUUUUCUUCCGUGCGCUGUUCGGUUCGUUGUUGUGUUCGUGCUGCGAUUCGCGUUCACGUGACAGCUGAGCUAUCCGCGGGCCCACCUUGCUGAACCUGACAGCGCAUACGGGAGGAAAGACAAUCAACCGCUAGACGCGGUAAACACGACGAUGCUCAUGUUGGUGCUCUUUUGUAGACAUUUGGAGCGCUCUGGUGUCGAAUGAUGUAUGAAUAUUGCCCUGAAGCACUGAGCCAAUUUGUUUUAGAAUGUGUGUGACACCGUAGCGUCGUUGCUGCCUUCGUGUGCUACGAGCGUUGUCGCAGUCAGUACGUCGCGCUGCCGGCACAUUAUGCCGAUUGACGCUGCCGACACAGUCCGCGAGUAGUCGUCGCUAAACGAAGGUGCUUGAAGGACCCGACCACGGGACCACUGCCCCCGUGCCGCACAAGUACGUUCACAUGAACCCUACAAAGGCUGGUCGAAUCGGUUUGAGCGCGUUGAAAACCGGUCGUCGUGUUCACAUGAAAGCUAGCGAGCGUCGAGGAGAGUUCGGUCCACCCUUGCACAAACAGCGAUUGAAUCGCCCAACCCGCUAGGCAAGAUGCAUGUAAACGCGGUCGGGUAAAGGUGGGUCAGCUCGACUUCUACUCGACCCGUUCGCGUCGAGUUCAUGUGAACGAAGCUACAGUGGCGAUGAGCGCUCGGCAAAGAGUUCGCGCGUUGCUGGAAUUAGCUCGCAUUAGAAUAUCAUGUUUCGCGCUCGAGAAACAGGUCUCCCACCGUGAUUACGGUGUCAUCAGCUAAGUAAUCAAGCAAAAAAAUCACUGAAAAUUAAAUGCAAAUCGUCAAGAAGAGGCUUUGUUUGCGCUACACUGCGAAACAAAAUUGGCACCAUUCGGGGCUUAAUUGUCUCCCAAGAGUACCUGUCGUCUAUCUUGCAUGCAUAUCCUUUCUUUAAAGGGGCACUAAAGAGAAAUUAUUUUAGCUGUGAACCUAUACUGAACCACAACGGUCGAAAUGCGAAAAAAAGAAAUGAUUUGCCCUAAGGUUUCCCUUCGAAAUACAAAAAUGAAAUUUUCUCUACUAAUCAACCUCUUAUCGCGAAGUCAACGACAGUAGAGUUAUUCAAGAAUACUUGUAUCAAUCUGAACCGAUUCAGUGUUUCUCUUUAGUGUCCCUUUUAAUGCUGCGCUCCCGGUACUUUCAGGUCGUGAACGGUAUGCGCGUAUCAGCGUGACAUGACAUAAAUUCUUGGGUUUUACGUGGCAAAUCCAAGAUGUGAUUACUAUGAGGCACGCCGUAGUGGAGGGACUCCGGAUUAAUUUCGACCAACUGGGGUUCUUUAACGUGUACCCAAUGCACGGCAGACGGGCGUUCUUGCAUUUCGCCCCCAUCAAACUGCGGCCGGGAUUCGAUCCCGCGCCCUCGGGCUUAGCAGCGCAACUGCGCCAAAGAAACUACGCCGCCACGGCGGGUAGCGUGACAUAAGGUUCUUGACAGGAAAGUACCGGGCGCGCAGCAUUAGAGAAUGUGCACGCAAGAAAGAUAACGAUUAUUGCUGGGGGACGAGCCCGAAGGGUGUAAGUUUUUUUUUUUAAGACCGCAAGUGUACUGCUAGAUCCGGCAGUAGCGCGAACGUUGCAUGCAGCGACGGAUUCCCAGUAGUCUCGAUCAAGCGUAGCUCGGGGGCGAAGUGGUCGCGCGUUUCUCGGGCAAACACCCAGCGCCGAAACAGUGACGCCGCCGACAAGCGGAGCCACCACGGGCUCACUUCUACUUAACCGUUGAUCUCGAUCCGAGGGAGAAGCGCGCACGGAAACGCGUCGUCACUGUCUACAUUCCUUCACUCCUUCGCAUUCCACUGUUUGUUCUUCUCCCCUUUCGUUUGAGUUUCUAUUUAAAUCCAUCUGGCACGUGCUUCUCCUCCAGUCCCCUCUCUCCGACCACGGAAAGCACGGUGCAGGAGGCCAUUCCAGCCGCGCGACUCACUUGUUCAUACGCACAUUGCCUCGUUUCCCACCACCAUGUCCCCCUUUCCUUUUUCUGUUUUUUGUUCCCUUCUUUUUGUGCUUGUUUCGAACGUGAGCCUCAUUCUUGCGUGUAUUUAAAGAAAUUUCUUGUGUAUUUUUUGGAUAUAUAAAAUCACAGACUACGAUUGUAACAUUGUUAAAUAAACGAUGCGUUGAGCGUUUUCAAAA